AUGAUAUUUUUUAACAGACUCUCUCUAAUUCUAUUCUAUUCUUUCUGGUUUCUCGUUGGGAUUCUAGCACUCCGGAAGUCCCAAAAUGCCCUUUCUGCUGUCCAAUACGUCAAAGCGAAUAGUGAUUCUGUCUCGUUGAGUUUCAUUGAAUCGUCUCCAGAAUUCGAGAAGCUUCUGGACAUUUUAGAAGAAAAGUAUCCAAGACCUCCUGCAUUUUUUCUUCUAAAUCAGUUUGCUCUUAACAUGACUGAUAAUUUUCUAUGCAACACUGCCACGUUGCAAGGUGCUCAUGAGAGAUUCGUGUUUGUGACAUUGGAUGAAGUGGCGAGGGAUACAAUCAGAAGGCGUUGGCCAGAGAUUCAGAUUUUCCAUUGGCCUACUCCGUCGCUUUAUGUUACGGUAGUUGUCGUUGUCGGACAUUCCUCGAUUUUUUUUCGUACCAGAAUAAUAGUUGCAAACUUUCAGAAGCCAUUCUCAUUCGCAGAAGGUGCAUAUCAAACUAUCUAUCUAUUGAGAUCCAAUCUGGCACUGGCACUCAUCAAAAAAAGAAUAUCAUUCUGGAUGAUGCAACAGGAUACGUUCUGGCGAAAGAGUAUUUUUGAUCUAAACUUUGAAGACGAUAUGUCCUACGACGCGAUUUUUGACCAAUUGGGAGAUGGAGACAAUUCUUUGAGGAAGGAAUGGGUCAAUGGAGCAAACUGGUUUAUUCGAGCCAACAAUGAUACCCAGUUCUUUUUUGAGAGACUAUCGGCGAAGUUGGCACAUUGGUAUACACCUGAUGUAGGCAUUAUGAUUCAUCAGUGUAACACUUGGGACAAACCGAAGUGUGCUUAUAUUCCAUACAAUGUGACCUAUUCGUGGGAAUGGAUGUUCAGUGAUCAAUCAAAUCCACCGUAUCUUCUCCAACUGGAUUGUGAGACCAACGGAGGAACGAAACUAAUGCAACUUGGCAGAUACGGAUUCCAUUUUGUCAAUCCUGAUGGAACUUGUAAUAAUCAAAAGAUAACAUCCGCCAAGUCUCGAAUGGAAAAUGGGACUGUUGAAGUUCAGAUGACAAAAACCCUUCCGUCUUGGGGACGACUACAAUUCAAGUUAUACUGGUACAUAACAGAGUAUCUUCUAUGGAUUCCAGUGUUUGGAGAAUAUUUGAGACCAUAUUUAGCACUAGCUGGUUUCAUUUUGAUGAUUACGAUCUGA